AUGUCUAAAACUACCGCUAUCGUUUCAAGCGGUUUUGCUAGUUCAUCAUUGUUACCACCAACAUUUAGUCUUGCUGUAGUUAGUAUUAAUCCAUUGUCAGGUAAAUCAUCAUUAUGUAAACGUCUUAUCGAUUCAAAUAUUGAUAAUUAUCGAUUAUUUCUAUUAAAAAAUAAAUCAAUUCAUCAACAACAAAAUGCAACAUGGCUUUAUUGGGGUUCAGUAAAACAUCGACGGUCAGAUGAAAAACGUGAAGCAUUAUUUCAUUUAAUUGAACAUUCAACAAUAGCAAUUGAUGAUAAUGAACAAUAUGAUAAUUAUAUAAAACGUAUAACUUCAUUAACAUUACGUACAGAAGAAAAAUUUCAAAAUGAUUCCAACUAUCCACAAGUAAAAACUUUUCCAAAAGAUAAAGUAACAAUUGAUGGUUUUUUAUGUAUUCAUGAUUUAUCAUCAACAAGACAAAUCUCUGAUCUUUUAUUUCUACUUCAUUCUUUAUUUAAAACACGUCGUCCAAUAUUAAUCAUAACAACUAAAAAUGAUCUAAUUGAAAAUCAAUCUGAUUUAGCAUUACAAUUUGAACAAUCUAUACGUCGUUCAUCAUCAACAGAUACACAUUUAUUAUCUACUAUACCUAUUAUACAUACAUCAGCUAAUGAACAUGUUAAUAUUCAAGCUGUACUUGAACUUGCAUUAUAUGCAUGUGAUGAACCAACAUUAUUAUCAUCAUCAUCAUCAAGAAAAGCUUCACAUUCAAAUACAUCAGUAACAAAAUACAUUCCACCAUCCUAUGAAGAUGGUUAUCGAAAUGAACAAUCAUUAAAACAUGUUAUACAAGCUGAAUAUAGAACAUUAUUAACACGACAUGUUUUAGAUUUUCGAGUUGCUUCUUGGAUUAAAUUUUAUACUACUUGGCAACAUCAUACAAGUAUACAAACUUUUAUUGAUAUGUUUGGUAAACAAUAUGCUGAACAUUUAUAUAAUGAACAUAUGGAAGAAUUAAAAAGAAUCUCAAGACAAAAAUUAAUUGAUGAAAGAUUAAUUCCAAUUGUAGAAUUACUUGUAACAGAUCAAAAAACAAAAUUAUCAAGAAAUUGGGAUUAUGUACGUUUACAAAUGCAAAAACAUCCUCGCUAUUCGUCAACUGUGAUACCAUCUUUGAUGUGGUCAGAUGCUGAGCAAAAUAAUGAAAAUAAAUCCUCAAAUUUAAUCAUUCCCGAUGAUUUACUUGAGACACCUGAAGCUCGUCUCUGUUUUGAAUCUUAUAUAAAUAGUCGUCAAUUAGAACAAACUCGUCGUACAAAUUGUCGUUCAUUUUUUGAUUUACUCAAUCGUUUUUCUGAUGCUGGUCUUGUUCAAUAUGGUCAUUCAUAUGAAAAAGAUUGUGUUUAUUUUUUGGGUCGUGAAUGUUAUGAAUCAUUACAUGCUCAAGAUCGUUUACGUGUAUUUGCAUUCCAUCAAUCACAUCUUUAUCGUUUAAUAUGUUUAAAAUUUGUUGAAUUAUUAUUUGAAUCUCUUGAAAUAUUUAUUGAUACAUUUCAUAAAAUGAAUUCAGCAACAACAACUCAAUUAAAUAGUGAUAGAAAAAUAACUACACUGACUAUUGAUGAUAUAUUUGAAAAAGAAAUUAUUCAACAAAUAAGACAUGAUUCAAGAUAUAAAGCAUUAGAUAAUCGUGAAACCGAUCGUCAUCGAUUAAUUAUGUGUCAUUGUCAUUUUUUAUAUGAUUGUAUUUAUUAUCCACCGACAAGAAAUAUUAAUCGAUUAAUAAAACAACGUAAACGUUCAUUUAAACGAAGAAAAUCUUCAUCAUUAUCAUUAUAUAGUAAUAAUAUAAAUAUUGAUGAUAAUUUUUGUCCAUAUACAAGAAAAAUUCCAGCGAUUACUAAUGAAAAUGAAGUAAUAGCGAAGAAAAAAUUUGAAAUUGCUUGUCCAAUGGAAGAAACAUGUGCUGAUAUUCGAAUUAUGAAUGAAUUUUUUUCUAAAAUACCAUUAAAAAAAAUUGGCAAUAAAAAUAUUUUAAUUUGUGGAAAUGAUAAUGAUAUGAAUAAUUAUCUUCGAAUAAUUUCGAAUGAUUCUUCUUUGAUGAAUGAUUUGCAAAUUAAUUUAUGGACAUUAAAUAAUCUCCGGACACAAUCAGUUGAUGGUUGUCUUAUUGUUUCACCGACAGGUCGAGAGCUUCUUCAAACUUUCCUAACUCAGAAAAAAUUUUCUAUUAAUAUUGAUACUAUUCCAAUGGUAAAUUUAAUCUCUGCAACGUCUGAUCAUUCUAAUGAAAUAUCAAUUGAACAACUCAGGUUAUCACUCGAACAAUUGUCGAAUUCAAAAGAAACAUUCUCAAAUAAAAAACGAUCUGAUCUUCGAAUUUUACUUUGUUUUAUGUGUGGUGGAAAUAAUAAUGAUAUUGAAAUAUUUUUUUCUCAAUUAGCAUCACGAUUUUCUCUUGUAACAACAAAUCAAUAUGGAGAUUUAUCCUUUAUUAUUAAUGCAUUUCUUGGUCGAUCCAAUCGAAAAGUUGAAUUCAUUCCUAUUUCAUUUCAUUCGUUAUUUUCUGUUAAAUUAAUUGAUUUUGAUGGAUUUAUAUUAUUCUAUGAUCGUGAUAGAAAAGCUGCUGUUAGUACAAUGACAUAUUUAGAAAAACAUAUUUCAACAAAUUUACAAAAUGAACUAUCAAAAAAAGCUGAUGAUAAUCAAGAAACUAAUGGAACAAUAAUACCACGUCCACCUAUUUAUGUCCUAUGUUGUAUUAAAGAUUCUGGUUUAUUAAAUACGAAAAAAUAUCCUCAAUCUGAAUAUUGUGUUCAAUGUCAUAGUGGAACAAUAAGAAAUUUUGUUGAAUCUCAUCUUGUACCGUUUCUUAAUCAAUGCUGGAUUGCAAUAAAUGGCAAUAUCACUGAUAAUGAUUAUGAGAAAAAUGAAAAUCUUCUUGCAGGUGUUACAUCAUAUUUUAAUCGUACAACUUAUUCAUCAGCUAGUGAUUUAAUGAUAAGUAGUCUUGAACGUACACGUAAACAAUUCAUAAAUAAUAAUGAUGAUGAUCGAACAAAUUCACUAAUGUUAUCAAGUAAAUCAAAUGAACAUUCACCUAAACAUCGAUCUUCAUUAUUAACACCAACAAAUCAUGAACAAAUUUUUUCUUAUCGUUCAUUUCCACAUUUAUCAAUAUCAAGUAAUGGUACUGAUGCAACAAUUGUUCCAACAACACCAGUUGACCCAUCUGUAACAAAUCUUGGUUUACUAUCACCAUCAUCUUUAUCGACAUCAUCGAUAUCUGAUAAUCAAUUUAAAAAAUCAACUAGUAUGCGUUUUGCAAAACUUAUGGAACAUCCAAUCGAUGGAAGCAGUUACCAAUCAUCACCUAGUAAUGCAAAUAACGAAAAUUCAUUAACAAUACGUAGACGAAUCAAUGAAAUUCCACCAAGAGUAACAUCUACAGAAGAUAUGAAAUUUCAUUUAUAUAAACAUCGAACUGCUGCUCAUGUUAAAGUUCCAUUAGCUACACCGGAAAUAAUUGAAUUUAAUGAAGCAGUAACAACACCUUUGUCUAUUCAACAACAUUAUGAUAGAUCAUUAGUUUUAACAAAUAAUAAUACAGAUGAUAUACAUCCAGUCAAUUCUUCAUCAUCAUCACCGCCUACACUCCAUCAACAAAAUCAUAAUAGUACAAUAGAUGAAUCGAUUACAGAUUCAUCGAAACAAACACGAGCAACAGAUUCAUCUGUUGAUAGUUCAAGUGAUGAACGUUUACAAAAUCAACGUGAAUCAUCAACAACAUUACAGAAUGCAAAUUCACCAACGAAUAAUCAAUCACAACACCAGUGUGUUGUGACUUUACAAAGAAAAGUAUCAGAUAGAAAAUCAAAACGUGUACGAGCUAAACAAAAUGAUGUUACAGGUUUAGCAUCAAGUACUGAAAUUUUAAAGAAAACUGGAUCUGAUGAUGAAGUUUUAGCUGAAAAUGAUAAGCGUUCUCAACAGCAACAAUAUCCGAAAAAGAAACGUCGACCUAGUUUCAAAAGACGGAAGAAAGCUGUUUAUGAUCAAACACAGACUGAUUCGGGAAUUGAUUCUCGAAUGGAUCCAAAAGAUAGAAAUAACGUUAGUAUUGCUCCUGAACCGUCAUCAUCAUCGAAUGUUGUUAUAUCGAAUGAAGAUGAUUCAAGUGUUGGUGACUAUACAAAAGAUAGUAAAAAUACAUCUAUUGAAGAACUCGAAGAACGACCAACAGCGAAUUGGAUUCGCCGUCAGCUACAAUAUUUUGCUCAAGUUCGACGUGAUAAAAAUGAUCCAAAAACUCGUUCUCCUGCUACAACAAUUACAUCAGUAUCUUCACCUCUACCAAUUCUAUAUAAAGCAACAACGACAUCAACUCCUCCACAUACAACUGCAUCUCUUCUAUCAUCUGUUGAAAAUUCUCAGCAUCAUAUUCCAAUUCGUUUAUCAUUAAGUCGCUGUGCUCAAUCAAAUGAAUCAGGUGUACCAUUAUUUAUGGAAAAAUGUAUUCAAUUUAUUGAAGAAUAUGGUUUAGCUAUUGAAGGACUUUAUCGAGUUUCAGGCUAUAAAAAUCAAGUUGAAUUAGUUAUUAAUAAACUUAUUGAGGAUCCAUCUUAUGAUCUUCGUUUAUUACAAGUUCCAGCCAGUGCAGUAGCAACAGCAUUAAAAGAUAUGAUGAGAAAACUUGAUGAACCACUUUUAUCAUUAGAAUUAUUUGAUGAAUGUCAAAACUUAACGAUUGAUCAAUUAAAAGAACAAAAUUUUCUUCCGUUACGAAAAGCUUUUUCUCGUACAAGUGAACUUAAAUAUCGAACAAUCAAAUUUAUUUUUAAACAUCUUCAUUUUGUUUCACAAUAUGCUUCUUCAACUCAUAUGGAUUCAUCAAAUUUAGCUGUUUUAUGGUGGCCGAAUUUAUUUCAACCACAAUUUCCCGAUUUACGCACAGCUGAACAAAAAUGUCAAAAAACUAAACCAUUAAUUCAAGCAAUUAUCGACAAUUAUCCUACGAUUUUUUCUUCUAAUGAAAUAAAACAACAAAAUAGCUAA